AUGAUUGCAGUUAAUCGGUACCCAGAUUCAAAAUUUGAGAAAAGUGGAAUUGAGAAUAUUUAUGAGAACAAAUCAAGAAUCGGCUCAAAAAAGGUGAAAACGUUUCUCCAAUCACGAGAGCACAACGACCAUCGAGAUCGAACUGAGCCCGGGAAUCCGGAUGUCAUUGAUCAGUAUUACGCUAACAAUCAUUACACGGUAACCGGUGUAUACGCGAAAAAUCAUCACUUAAAUCGUUUAAAACCGUAUGGAAAUAAUGACGACGAAGAUGAAGAAGAUGAUGCGAAAAAUAAUGUUCAAAAUCCGCGCAGAUCUCUUUCAAUGGUACAAAGCACACGGAGUAUGCCAAUUAUUCCAAUCAACAAUCGAUUUCAUCAAUCGUUUUAUUGGUUCGCUCAUAAUCACAAAAAAAUGGGAUUUCGCCAUUUUUGUAUGCUAUUCCUUUUGCUUUGCUAUACUCUUAUGGGAGCUGCGUUGUUCUACAGUAUUGAGUCUCGACACGAGAUAAAAGUUAUGGGAUUUCAUAAAGAAAACUUGGAAAAAGUGAUUUUCGAAAUUGCACAGCGCCUGGAGCUUGAAAUUUUGGAUCCGGAGAAGUUGACGACAAUCGCACAAAUGGAAAACUUUCUGAGAAAAGCAUACGUUAAAUUGUUGAAAACCGAGGAUUUAUACAGUGGAAGUACAUAUUUCAAGCACGAAGAUCCAGAAAAUAAUCUCAAAUGGACAUAUGGAAGUGCAUUUUUCUUCUCAAUGAAUGUAUAUACGACAACUGGUUACGGAUCGAUUGCACCAUCAUCAACCUUAGGAAAAGCACUAGUGAUAAUUUAUGGUCUUAUUUUUGUACCAUUAACUGCAGUGGUUAUUCGUGAUCUUGGUCAAUGGGCUCUUUUAUAUUUAACAAAAAUGUACACAAUCAUUAGUGACAGUUUCAGACGAGUGAGAGGAUUCGUCGAUAUGUUCGAUGAAGAUGAGAUAAUCAGUCUUCCUAUAAAAUUUAGUGUAUCAAUAAUGGCCUCGUAUCUAUCGUUGGCAACAAUUUUUAUAUAUGAAUAUGAUGCUCUUUCGGGACCUCCUGACUCUGGAAUUAGCCUAUUUCAUUCGUUUUAUUUUUCGUUUGUCUCAAUGUCCACUAUCGGUCUUGGAGAUAUAAUGCCGAAUAAUGUUACCUUCUCGCCGCUUAUCACAAUCGUGUUCUUUUUCGGAAUGCCCAUUCUAAAGGUUGUCAAUAGAGUCACCUACAUUUGCUUAGAAAAUGGGGUGUUCGGUACCAUGACAGUUCUCGAAAAUCGGCUUGAUCAAGCAUGGAAAACUGCGACCGUGUUACCGACUGGAGAGCCGAUUGAUACAGAAGUACCUCAGAAGAAAUCGAUUGCUAGCGAAGGAUUGCUACCUGAUGAGAACGAGGGAACUGUUCCAAAUGAAUAUUUGAACAACUUCACAAUUCGUUCAAUCGCUACUUUCAUGCGAGCGAACGGCGACGUCUACGGAGGAGGAUUCGGACGGGUCAAUAUGCGUCGUGGAGAUCUUCGUCAUCUGACAAGUGCUGAUAAUCAAGGAACAAUUCAAUCAAGAAAUUUAAGCAACAAUCCGCCGGCUUAA